AGUGAUAAAAAAGAGUCUCACAAGAAUGGUCGUGGUGAUGACACCUUCAACGCAAAUAACGUUGAUAGCAAUAGCUUUGAUGUCAAAGAUGUAAUCAUAGACCACUGGCAAAACGGACAGCAAUUAUGGAGUAUUUCUGAGGACUCAACAUUUGCAAAAGAUGGCGAAACAAUAGUGACCGUCGGUCAUCCCUCUGUAAAUUCUGUGGUUCCACUAGACCUCUUACGCUAUAUUUAUCUCCCAGAACAUCCACACCAUCGACUCCUUGAUCCCGGGACACGAACAAUAUCAUAUUUGAAGGCACGUUCUUUCUUCCCAGUAAAGUUAUUGAAUCUGCGUGAUAAAAAACGUAUACUGGUGACAGGUGGUGCAGGAUUUAAUAAUCUUGAUCAUUGGAUUGGACACCCGAAUUUCGAGUUGAUUCGACAUGAUGUGGUGGAUCCGUUCAUGAUUGAGGUUGACCAGAUUUAUCAUUUAGCAUGUCCGGCAUCACCGCCGCACUACCAGUAUAAUCCUAUUAAGACGAUAAAAACUAGCGUGAUGGGGACUAUUAAUAUGUUGGGUCUUGCUAAACGAGUUAAAGCGCGAUUUCUGUUGACUUCUACGUCAGAGGUAUAUGGUGACCCAGAGGAACAUCCACAACCAGAAACAUAUUGGGGCAAUGUGAAUCCAAUAGGUCCGCGCGCAUGCUACGACGAAGGUAAACGAGUCGCCGAAACUCUAACAUAUGGAUAUAUGCACCAAGACAACGUGGAUGUUCGAGUAGCACGUAUAUUCAACACAUUUGGUCCACGUAUGAACGAGAAUGAUGGUCGCGUAGUAAGCAAUUUUAUCAUGCAAGCGUUAAAAGGCGAAGAUUUAACAAUUUACGGAGACGGACAACAAACUCGAUCAUUUCAGUAUAUUCACGAUCUGAUCGAUGGUCUAAUACUAUUGAUGAACAGUGAUUACAAGGAACCGGUGAAUCUCGGAAAUCCGGACGAAUACACGAUUAUGGAGUUUGCCGAAUUCAUUAGAAAUGAGGUAAAUCCGAAUAGUAAGCAUAUCAGAUUACCUGGGACCACUGAUGAUCCGAAGCAACGGAAACCUGAUAUUUCGCGUGCUUCAGAGUUUUUGGGAUGGAGUCCGCGGUGGUCGCUUAAACAGGGCAUCAAUGAAACUGUCCAGUAUUUUCGACAACAGCUGGCUGCCGGAAUUAUCGAGUGCUAG